AUGCGGAGGAUGGUAGUGGCUGCUUGUGAGGGGCAGCCUUUUCCAGAGCCCACUGAGGACUCCACCGGAAAGCUGCCCCACUUUGAGAAUCUGUACAAGGCGAUUCGUGAGGUGAUGGAAAACCACGUACCAGCUGCCUUGGGAGACUGUGAGCUCUGGCUGAUGCGUCGUCUGCUGUGGACCAUAGGCAACAUUAUCUACACUUUCGACCUGGAUGCUUCGAAGGAGGCCCUGUACCAGGCUCUCUGCUGGGCUGCUGCACAGCCUGCUGAUGGCUACUCGAAGCCCGCUGGCCAGAAUGAGAAGCAGUGCCAGGGUUUGCCAUCCCAGGACACUAUGCAGCGUUGCCUCAACUUCCCCAGCAUGAAGGAGUGCAAGGACGGCCUGCGGUCUUCGUGGAACCCGCUCCAGAUGCCCCCAAACGUCAUCCAAACUCAGUGGGGCGCGAUCCAGGAGUACCUAGCCCAGAAUGCCUCCCGCCUCGAAUGCGUCAUGAGUUCGCUUCCGAAAAAGGAAAUUCCGUCAACUUUCUCUGUCACUGCUGCCCGCAAC